CCCCCUUUUUUUCCCCCCACAAGCAGCAGCAUUCGGAGCUCUGGGUUCUGUUUUUACAUCAAGAAGUGAUUACAGGAAACCUUCCCAGGAUGCUGUCCUUGGCUACAUUUGGCCAAGCUGGAGCCCGAAAAGUUUUGACACAGACUUUUCUAAAGAAUAGCAGGUGGUUUACUACUUCGGCUUCUCAUUGUAACUCCUCAUCACCUUCAGCCAAUCAGAAAACACCAUCCUACAGCUAUGUAAUUGUUGGGGCAGGGUCAGCAGGCUGCACUCUGGCUAACCGCCUCACAGAAGAUGCUCAUGAGUCUGUGUUGCUUCUGGAAGCUGGACCGAAGGACAAAUGGCUCGGAAGCGCACGCCUCUCAUGGAAGAUCCACAUGCCGGCUGCACUGACCUACAACCUCUGUGAUGACAAAUAUAACUGGUUCUACCACACUGUACCUCAGGCCAACAUGGACAACAGGGUGCUGUACUGGCCAAGGGGCCGUGUUUGGGGAGGGUCCUCGUCACUUAAUGCCAUGGUUUACAUCCGUGGGCAUGCUGAAGACUAUAACCGCUGGCAGAGGGAGGGUGCAGAGGGCUGGGACUACGAACACUGUCUGCCGUACUUCAAGAAAGCUCAGUGUCAUGAACUGGGACAAAAUAAGUACAGGGGUGGCAGUGGGCCUCUUAAUGUGUCUAGAGGAAAGACUAAUCACCCCCUUCACAAGGCUUUUAUUGAGGCAGGGCAACAGGCAGGAUACCCCCUCACUGACGACAUGAACGGGUACCAGCAGGAAGGUGUUGGCUGGAUGGACAUGACCGUCUAUAAAGGAAAGAGGUGGAACACGGCCAGCGCCUAUCUAAGACCUGUGCUGGGUCGACCCAAUCUAAAGACGGAGGUGCGCUGCUUGACCACUAAGAUCUUGUUUGAUGGAAAGCGUGCUGUGGGGGUGGAGUACAUGCAGAACGGACAAAAGAAGAGAGUGUUUGCAGAUAAAGAAGUUAUAUUAAGUGGAGGAGCCAUAAAUUCACCUCAGCUUCUCAUGCUUUCUGGAGUGGGAAAUGCAGAUGACCUGAAAGAACUUGGCAUUCCAGUUGUGCAGCACUUACCAGGUGUUGGUAGUAACCUGCAAGAUCACCUGGAGAUUUACAUCCAGCAGCAGUGCACUCAGCCCAUCACCUUGUACAAGGCACAGAAACCUUUCCAUAUGAUGAAGAUAGGCCUAGAGUGGCUCACCCUUUUCACUGGUUAUGGAGCUACAUCCCACUUAGAGAGUGGAGGGUUCAUUCGAAGUCGGCCAAACGUGACACACCCGGACAUCCAGUUUCAUUUCCUGCCCUCACAAGUUAUUGACCACGGACGAGUUCCAUCAAAGAUUGAGGCGUAUCAGGUUCAUGUUGGACCAAUGAGAAGCACCAGUAUCGGAUGGAUGAAGCUAAAAAGCAGUAACCCUCUGGAUCACCCGAUUCUUCAGCCAAACUACCUCUCUACUGAUAUUGACGUGUGGGAAUUCAGGCAAUGUGUUAAACUGUCCAGAGAAAUUUUUGCCCAGAAGGCUUUUGACCCGUUUCGAGGUCCAGAAGCCCUGCCGGGUCCUCUGGUCCAAUCCGACGCUGAGAUUGAUGCUUUUGUGCGCCAAAAGGCUGACACCGCCUACCACCCGUCCUGCACCUGCAAGAUGGGAUCGCCCUCAGACCCAAUGGCGGUGGUCGACUCAAACACGCAGGUUCUGGGUCUGGAGCGGCUGCGCGUGGUGGAUGCCUCCAUCAUGCCCAGCGUCGUCAGCGGAAACUUGAACGCUCCGACGAUCAUGAUGGCAGAAAAGACGGCUGAUGUUAUCAGAGGUCGCCCCGCCCUUGUCGAGCCAGAGGUUCCUGUGUACAAACCUGCGACAUUUGAAACCCAGAGAUGAACAGAGAGAAGACGAGCUGGCAACAGUUCUACUGCGAGGGUCCGUUUACUUUACAAUCAUUACGAGGUGGACACAGCAGAGAGGAGCUGAU